AAUUCAUCUUCCUCUAUAUAUAGAUGUGGUCAAUGUUGCUAGAAGUUUUAUUCUUGAAUGAUUUCUGCUCACACUAGUAGCCGGACCGUACAUAAUUCAUUGUCGCACCCCCUUUUAAGCAAAUAAUGGAUUAACGGGCGAAGUGCAUUACUCUCAACCGGAUUUUAACUAUCGCAAUUCUGGAGAUUUGUGUACUAUCGAAAGUGACAACCAAUUGAGUAAAUACUGACAAAGUUGAAGAUCGUCGAGGUUGAAUGCAAGUUAUAUUUGCUUUGGGGAUAGUGACAUUUUGCGGUGACUACAAUGUUCCUUCAUGAGCUCAUGGUAAUUUUCAUAGUAGGAGCCAGCUUAACCGAAGGUGCAUCAAAAUAUUACGACGGAGAAAACCGGCCAUACGAAUUUGGGUUUAAUUUAGAAGGCUAUCAGCAUCGACAUGAAUCAAAAGAUGAGAAAGGAAUCAUUAUGGGCGAAUAUGGAUUUAUCACAGGAGAUGGCGUAUACCAUGUCACAGCGUACGCUACAGAUGAAAAUGGAAAUUUUAAAAUUUUAUUCAUGAAAAAUCUUAAAAUUGGAUUGCCUGGAAACCAAACUAAAAAUGUGCUGCAACUGCCAACCAAACCACCCUUGCCACAGCCAACUCCACCGCCGAGACAAACUCCUACACCACCUCCACAACGUAUGCCUAAAGCCUUAGAAUUUCGACCCAUCAAUCCUAGUGACACUCGAACGUGUUCGGGUUGUGCAAUACCUAAGGAAGAACCCAGAGACCAGAGUCUACUAAUUAGACCACCCAGCAAAAAAUUGGACGUAACCAAGAUGACCACGUACAUGAAGCAUAAUAUGAAAGAGUUAGUGGUGCCGGAGACACCUACGAAUGUUAUUAAUGGUGAUCUUCAGCAAAAAUCGAAUAAAGUAGGCAAAGGCUUGGAUAACCCUACAAAAAAAGUAGCGCGCGUUAACGAUAGAAAUCGCGAAAUUGCACAAGACCUCUCAAAGCGAAGACUACAACCAAGUGCACCAAGUAUUGAUCCUCGCUUCCAAACAGAAGAGAAACCCAGACAAAGUGCAGACACUCCAGAGAUCGGAGCAGAUCCGAGAGCAAAACCUGAUCUUCGCAUUAAUCCAAAAGUAUCUGUCGAUCGUGCAGUUCAAUCUGGUCGCAAACUUGAUGAUCAAUCUCAGCCGAAAGCUCCAAGCGGUCAACGCGAUCGCAGCGGGAAAAGUUUGAAUCCGCCGAUCGAUCGGAAUACCUUGGAAGAGAUGCGAAAAGCAUUCGUUGGACUUCUCUACAAAUUCAAUUACACCGUUGGAUACCAUGGUCACCAUGAAAAAGGAGACUUCGUGGGAAGCAAGGAUGGCGGAUACUACUUUGUUGGGCGUGAUGGAUUGCGUCGCGACGUGGAGUAUGUUGCGAAUGAUUUUGGCUAUCAACCGUAUUUGACGCAGGAACAGGUCUCAGAUAAGGACACUCCUAAAGAAGGAUCCGAAAAGGAAGCUGGACUUAAAGGAUAUGAGUUUAGGUGGUUUAGUGAAAGGGAAUAAAAGGAUUUUUUAUGGA